AGACCGAAACUGUCGAACCAAACAAAGAUCAGUUGUUGGCAGAUGCUGUGGAUCAAGCGGUGCUCAAUGCCAUGGCUACUGAUCUUACAGUUGACAAGAAUGUUGACGAAAAUUUUGUUGACAGCAUAUCAAACAAUCUUGAAUCUUCCGUUGAUGCUGGCUACAUAAGUCAAAAAACUAUGGUUGGCUCCUCUUCUUUCCCUGACGACAUCAGCGUUAGUUCGGGAAGCAACAUGGAGGAAAUGACAAAUGAAACUGAUGAUUAUACAGACGAGGGUCACGUGGAACAUUUCCUGUCCGUCACCCGUGGCUACCUCGAGGACCAAGCUGACGCAAUCGAGUGGCAACAACAUUUCUUUGUUCGCUUGUUGCUUGAUACCAGAAACAUUCCAACAGCUUCAAACAAAAUUGAUCUGUCUGCAAUAACGCGUUUCUUGAAAUUCGAGGAGCGGCCGGCGGUUUUCACCAAAACUGUGGCUCUGCUCGCUAAAAUCAGAAAUGUUCGUUAUCAUCCUCAAUGUGAGACAAUAGUGAGAGAGCUCCCUCCAGUCAAGCCAGCUACUAUCGACCUUGCUGCGUUGCUAUCUGAAGUCUCCUCUCUGAAACAGGACCAGGAGACUGAGUCGAAUGCUACAACUGAAUCUACCCAUGAAGACUCUGAGUACUUGCUUUCUUCUGAUAUGAACAAUACAGAGCUUUCAUCACGAGAAAUAACACUGACGUCUUCCGAAUCAAAGACUGUAACAGAUGUAAUUUCUGUCGAUUCCCCCAUUCCAGACACACUACAUACUAUUUCCGACAAAGACAUUCCCUCAGCCUCGUGUGACGAAAGCCAUGAAUGGGUUGGCACACGAGUAGAAUCCAUUUCACAAAGCCACAGUAUUCAGAUUGUCCAAAGUACUUCCUCUUCGCUAGUGACUGCAAUUCAAGAUAACGAGUCCCUGGAUAUUCAUGCAGAUGCCCACGCUAAUGUAAUUCCGCCCAGUUCUAUUGACACAGCGUCAUUGCUUCUGGUGAGCUCAGACCAGACCGAUGUCGUCAAAAUAGAGUCUGAAAAUACCGAAGCCAUGAACCGUCCAUCCACCCCAGAAGCAGAUCUUGAUGAGGAGGUCAUGAGUCAAAAUGGUCCAGCCAAAAGAGUAGUUAUGGUGGAUGAGUUGGACGUUCCGGAGUUCAGAAAAGGUUCUACUGAAGAUGAUGCGACUUAUUUAGAAGAAGAUGAAAGUUGCAUCCCUGUUUCACACUCAAUCGAGGUGAGCCGUGAGGGCGAUAUUUUUGUUGCCUCUCACGAGACAUCCAAUGAGAUCUUGACCGGAGAACAAAAGGACGUCCGUUCUACGAGUAUUGAGGAACACUUGAGUACAGAAAUGGAGUAUAAAGAAACUGAAAUAAAUCUUGAUGAACAAAUGUCUGAGGUGCAAGGUGCAGCUAGUAGUUCCCUGUUUUCCAAGGUAACUGGAUCUGCUUCUGAUGUUCAGGAAUCAAUAAAUGUAUCCGAGCAACAGAGUAGGACGACUGUUGUGUCGUCUUCAAUGGUCCAGACUCGGGAAUCUUAUUCUCAGUGGACAUCUGAGGCCCACAGCACAUCACUCAGCUGCCAGAAGCUAGUCUUCCAUGAUCAAAACGACAUUGACCUCGGAAGUGACCUGAGGCUUUACGACUGGUCUCACACCUACUCUGAGUCCCCGGAUGUCUCUGAUUCUGUGGCGGAUGACUUGAUGGUGAGAAAUCCAUCACCAGAAGCUUUCCCUGAUGAAUUCAUCAAACCAAUUCUUCUUAGGAACGCCGAGAUGUUGAAAGAUGACAAAGACCAGUCCCUAACUGACAUUCCUUCUUUCUACUGCAGUUUUUCAGAGGAUGACGACAUCGACUUUGCUGAAUCGGAAUUCCCGAUAAGCGAACAAAUACUAACAGAAGCACAGAUUUUCCCUCAACCGGUCAUCGGUAUGUCAGCUGUGGCAGAGGAAAGUACAACGCUUUGUGUAAUGGAGUUCGAGGAAAGCACAGCUCAAUCUCCUGACAAAGUACAGAAAAGUCCCGACGCACUAAUCUCCCAGAGAUCCGAGGAUUCCACCAGGUCAGAGGACACUGUAGGAAGCGAUGCCUUUGUGUUUGAAAAGGAAUACACAGAAGCAGAGGAAAUCUUCCAAAGUACUAUGCAAACAGAAAGCCUAGGCAUGGGUGAAGAUACCCGUGAAUCUGAUGUAGACAACUGGGAUCUCAACACAUUGGAAACGAGAGGUGACGAAAAUACAAAUGCAAUAGAGCACAGAUCAGAAUCUUUGAAGACAUUUCAUAAUAAAACAGAAUCAUGGAUAGAAACUACAGCAUGGGGCUCUAAACAAGACUCCACUGCAAGGGUUGAAGAAACUGAGGCUCCCCAUGAAACUCCCCCAGAAUGGGUACGGGAAACAUGUGAAACAGAUGUCACAGAAGAACAAGUGACUUCAGAACCAUGUGAACUCACUUUGGAGCAAAACCUAGAUGAAUUUGCUUUUGAAGCACCUGCUAAGGCUUUGGAGCAAGCAGAUGGCGAAGAAAUCGUUAUAGAGGAUGACUCGCCUCAUGAUGUUGGUUUUGAACGUGAAGCUGAAACCACCGAAGAACACGUGACCGCGCAAAAGGAAGUAUGCACUGAAGCCAGUGAGACUGAGCUGGAAAGGUGUUUGGAUGAGUUCGAGUCUGAUGCACCGAGUACAGUGUUUGAAACUUUGGCCACUGAAGGUGAGGAGGAAAGAAUCGUCGAUAAGGAAGAAAAGGAACACGAAGAGGAAGUUGUCUCGUCACAGGACGUGGAAGACAAACCGCUCUCAGAACCGCGUGAGAUCCUUCUUGAGAAAGAGGUGCAAGAGUAUGAGCAUGAAGCCCCUGCUCAAGCCCAGGAGCAUUUGAAUGUUGAGGAGACCAUGACCAGUGACGUUGAAGUUGACACCGAGAUUAAAUCUACACAAGAAGUGAUCCAAAGCAAUGAGUCUGCUGCGAUUACACAUAGUGUGUCGGCAGUGUCAAAAGACCAAAUGGAAGAAAACAUUACGACUUCUGAAGAAGAAUACAUCACCCCAGGGAAAAGUGAAAAUGAGAUCUUCGAAUCUAAUGAGAUUGCCCUUGAACAGGAUCUACAAAACUUUGAACAAGAGGCGCCCAGUAAGGCACUGGAACAGUCAACUGGUAACGAAACUCUGACAAAUCAAGCGGAAACUGGAGAGCAGGAGGACCUUGAAGAAAAGGAACCCGAAGAGGUAGCCAUUACUUCACAAGACGGGGAAGAGAGUGUAACCUCAGAACCCAGUGAGAUUGUUCUUGAUCAAGACUUACACGACUUUGAGCAUCAAGCACCUGCCAAGGCCUUGGAAGAUUUAGAUGGGGAGUACAUUGCCACAGACGAGCAGGAAGAUGUAAAAGGUGUAGAAGAAGACGUGAUAUCAGAACCAAGUGAAAUCGUUCUUGGACAGGAUUUGCAAGACUUUGAGCAUGAGGCGCCCGCUAAAGCCUUGGAAAACUCGGGUGCUGGCGAAAUUGUGAUAGACCAAGUGGAAACUGAGGAACUAAAGAAUUUUGACGAAAAGGAGUUAGAGGAGGAAGUCAUUGCUUCACAAUAUGGGGAUGAGAUCUUGCCCUCAGAACCCAGUGAGAUCUUCCUUGGACAAGACGUACACGAUUUUGAGCAUGAAGCACCUGCCAAGGCAUUGGAGCAUGUAGAUGGGGAAGAAACUGUCUCACACGAAGUUGAAUCUAAGGAGCAAGAAGAUGUGAUAUCAGAACCAAGUGAAAUCGUCCUGGGGCAGAAUUUACAAGACUUUGAGCACGAAGCGCCCACCAAGGCUUUAGAACGAGCAGGUGAAGACGAAACUGUGGUAGAUCAAGAAGAACCCGAGGAGCAAACAGACUUUGAAGACACAUCCCUAGUUGAAGGGUCCAUAGUCAUGUCAGAAAUUCCAGAUGACAAGGCGAUUGAAGAUCGUACUUUUUCAGAAGAGUCCGAGCAGUUGCUUUUAGGCCCAUCUGAAAUUGUUUUAGAUCAGGAUGUUCAACAAUUUGAACACGAAACUCCAGUCAAGGCCCUUGGGUUGAUGGGUUCAGAAGAUAAGGCAGCAGAUGUGGAAAAAGAGCUCCGGCAAAAAGAACAAGGGGUCUCUCAAGAGGAAGUAUCAACUGAGCCUAGUGAAAUUGAUCUUAGAAAGUCUUUAGAGGAGUUCGAGGCCGAAGCACUAAGUAAAGUGAUUGGAAUGUCGAUCAGUGCUGAAGCAGAGAGGGAGGAGUCUGAAGUGGAAGUUGUUUCUCCACACCAUGUAGAAGAGAACUUGCCCUCGGAAUCCAGUAAAAUUAUUCUUGAACAAGGCGUACGGGAGUUUGAGCACGAAGCACCCGCUAAGGCUUUUGAACUUUCAGAUGACGAAGUCCUUGAAAUAGAAAGGGAAACGGAGCUGAGUCAAGGAGAGAAGGAGACCCCUAUUGACAAUGAAGCACAUUCUGUCACUGCGGAUAGUCAUGAUAAAGAAGAAGAGUCAAAGGAAGAUUACGCAUAUCACCAGCAAUCAGCCUCUGAAGAGACCGCUGGUUCUGAGGAGCCUGUCAAAUCACCAACUGUCGUGUCACAGCUAAGUUUUACCGCUUUCAAAGACUAUGAAAUUCCAGAACUAGAUGAAAUUGUCGCUUCCGUCGUGCGGUUGGACGAACUGGAUUCUGAAUGCUCCUUUUCUUCUCAUUAUGAAGCAAGUGAAAUGAGUAUGAGCCCUUCAUUGCAAAGUAUGGCCAGCUCUCUCAAUGUUGAGUCAAGUGAAUUAGAAACCGACGCCGACGCCAGCGCCCAGCAAAAAAAUGUACAGGUGUUUGACAAGUUUUUCAGUCCCCCAACAUAUCUGAGCGAGUUACCGACAGCUGACAGACGUUCACGCUCUCCAUCAGUGCCCCAAGAGACAUCAGACGCAGAAAUUGACUCCUGGCAGGAGGCUGGUGCAUUCCCUGAUGAGUGGGCAAUACCGCUUUUGCAGAAAGAGUACAAAAAGACUGCCGUGAAUGAUGAAGCUGAAAAAGACAUACGCGAAGAUGAUUUUGAGAUGACAGAAAUGUCAGCUGAAUAUACGAAUGUCAGCCCUAUUCCAACAAUUAGUGUCAAUGAAGCAGUGAGGUCUGACUCACUCGAUGUUUCAGACCAAGAGAGAGAAUCAGUGACGCAAAGUCCCACUUCAUACCUGAGCGAGUUGCCGGCAGCUGACAGACGUUCACGCUCUCCGUCAGUGCCCCAAGAGACCUCAGACGCAGAAAUUGACUCCUGGCAGGAGCCUGGUGCAUUUCCCGAUGAGUGGGCAAUACCGCUUUUGCAGAAAGAGUACAAAAAGACAGCGGUGAAUUCUGGUGAAGAAGACAUGCUCGAAGAUGAUUUUGGGGUGACUGAAAUGUCUACUGACAAUACGACUGACUUUCCUAUUCCAACAAUACGUGUUAAUGAACCAGUGGGAUCUGGCCCGCUGGAUGCUACUGACGACACGACAGAAUCAGUGACACAAAGUCCCGUUCCACCUCAAGACAGACAUGUUGGGCAUCCCAAUGGUCUUGCUGAAACCACAGAUGCUGACAUUGCUUCCUGGCAAGAUUCAGAUCCCUACCCAAACGAAUGGGCUGUUUCCACAAGUGGGAGUCCUCUGUUGGAGCAUGAAAAUGACGAGAUUGAAAUGGCGGACGCCACAGAGACACAGGAGGAUGACGUUCCCUCAGAUGUGCUUACUGAAGAGACAAGUGAUCUAAAGGCUGAAGAACCCGGUCAGAUAUUGAUUGCUGCUGACGAUGGAAAAGGAGGAAGGGCAGAAGAAGAAGAAGGAGAAAAAGUAGAAGAAGAAGAAGACGAAGAAGAAGAAGAAGAAGAAGAAGAAGAAGAAGAAGAAGAAGAAGAAGAAGAAGAAGAAGAAGAAGAAGAAGAAGAAGACUCCACGUUUGGACAAUUUUCUGACGUCAGCGACAAACAAGACCUUCUGGAGAAGAGCGAAAACACAACUUCUUUAGAAGACAAUGACACCGGCAGUCAUAGCAUAUUGAACAAGGUGGAUGAGGGUCCCAUUGAUAGCAAAUAUACCGACGAGCCCCAGAGUACGGAGGCGGAAGCGCGCCUUUUAGAAAAGCAAAUUACCGAGGAUGAGAUGGCAAGUGAAAAUAUGGAUGCUGAAGACGGUCGUCAAAUGGCCGCAGGUGUCGUAUCUCAGUUAAGCUUCAGUGCCCUAAAAGAUUUUGAAGUGCCCCAUCUCAGCGGGAGUGUAACGUCAGAGCUGGAGAGUCAAGAGUCUGGAGAAACGUUUACAUCUCAUUACGAAUCACAGAAAGUGGUCACGACUGUUGGCUCCUCUGUGUCUUCAAAACAUGUUCAGGUCGUAGUGAAUCCAGAGAAGUUCACUUACUCAAGCGAGUACAAAGUUGCACCAUCAACUCAUACCAGCACUUAUACCACUUCUAUGGAAGCAGAAGCGUCAGAGUUAGAUGUUUUGUCUCUCGACUUGCCAAACGUGAUGAACAGACCCUCAAGUCCCGAAGCUGUUGAUGAUGAGUGGAUCAGGCCUAUACUGACUGCAAAUCAGGUGGCCACACCUCCAAACUCGCCGACUGAAAGUGAUUUGCCGAAGUUCCAAGAUAGCUUUUCUGCAGUAAACGAUAUGGAAUUUUCUGUCACUGAACCAGAUGAUGACAACAACAACUUCGAACAGAUUUCGUCUGAAGAUGACGCUUCUCUUCUAAACAGACCUGGAAGUCCAGAAGCUUUCGACGAUGAAUGGAUUAAACCUAUUCUUCAGAAAAAUGUCGUUGAUAGCAAUCAAUCAAAUGAAUCUGAACCGCAAUCGUUGAUAACAUUCCGUGAUUCUUUUGAGCCAAACAACGACAUCGAUUUCUCGGAAGACGUCUUAAGCCCCUCUUCAGAACAGGAAGCACCCCAGACAGAGCAGACUAUUGCUCAGGAAGAGCCCGAUCUGAUAUUGACAAAGGAAGAACUUUCAACUCUCAUCACAGAGUUCCAGCAGACAGAAUCUGAUGCUGUAGAAUGUUUCUCCACUGAAACACAGGACCAUGAUUUGAUGACAAGACCACGUAGUCCUGAGGCUGUUGAUGAUGAAUGGAUCAAACCCAUUGUAGAAACAAAUGCCGAACAGUUUGGUACUGUUGAAGGGCAGUCUGUGACCAAAGAAAUUGAGAGUUUUGACGAAAGCUUUGGACGAGACAGUGAAAUGGAUGUGUAUGAAAAAAUUACUGAACAGGACUUUGUGUCAGCUGCCAAAGAUACUGACGAUGUUGAAGAAAAAACUAACGUCGAAGUUAUGGUGUCUAAAGAAUCCUCCGAGGAAGGUGUGUCAUAUGAGGCGGUUACUCCAGAAGGUGCUGAGGAGGAUGUGUCCACUGAACCAAGUGAGAUUGUUCUCAAACAAUCAUUGCAGGACUUUGAAACCGAAACUCCAAGUCAGGUGUUCCAAAGUCACGAUGAAGAUACUGGGGCUACUGUGGCGGCUGAAGAUGAUAACAUUACGUCUCAGGAAACCCAAAAAGAAGUUAAACUGUCCUUGGAGCCAAGUGAAAUUGUUCUUGGACAGGAUGUAAUGGAGUUUGAACAUGAGGCUCCGUCUAAAGCCCUGACUCAAAUAGAAGGAGAAGAACUCCAGGAAGAGGAAAGUGUUGCUGAGGAAGAACUCGACCAGACAUUGGCACCAGAGGAAGAUUCAGCUGUCAGUACAGAGUUCCAGGAGACAGAAUCCGAUGCAGUAGAAAGUUUCCCUACUGAGACAGAGGUGGAGGAUCUGAUGACAAGACCACGUAGUCCUGAGGCUGUUGAUGAUGAGUGGAUCAAACCCAUAGUGGAAGCAAAUGCUGAAGAGUUUGGUGUUAUGGAAGGGCAAACUGUGACCAAAACAAUUGAGAGUUUUGGCGAAAGCUUUGGACAAUACAGUGAAAUCGAUGUCAAUGAAAACAUUACUGAACAGGACUUUGUUCCAGCUGCCAAAGAUACUGACGAUGUUGGUGAAGAAACUGACGUCGAAGUUGAAGAAGAAACUGACGUCGAAGUUGAAGAAUUGAAAGAAUCCCCCGAGGAAGGUGUGUCAUAUGAGGUAGUUACUCCAGAAGGUGCUGAGGAGGAUGUGUCCACUGAACCAAGUGAGGUUGUUCUCGAACAGUCAUUGCAGGACUUUGAAUCGGAAGCUCCAAGUCAAGUGUUCCAAAGUUACGGUGAAGAUACCGUGGCUACUGUGGCGGCUGAAGAUGAUAACAUUACGUCUCAGGAAACCCAAAUAGAAGUUGAACUGUCCUUGGAGCCAAGUGAAAUUGUUCUUGGACAGGAUGUAAUGGAGUUUGAACAUGAGGCUCCGUCUAAAGCCCUGACUCAAGUAGAAGGAGAAGAACUCCAGGAAGAGGAAAGUGUUGCUGAGGAAGAACUCGACCAGACAAUGGCACCAGAGGAAGAUUCAGCUGUCAGUACAGAGUUCCAGGAGACAGAAUCUGAUGCAAUAGAAAGUUUCCCUACUGAGACAGAGGAGGAGGAUCUGAUGACACGACCACGUAGUCCUGAAGCUGUUGAUGAUGAGUGGAUCAAACCCAUAGUGGAAGCAAAUGCUGAAGAGUUUGGUGUUAUGGAAGGGCAAACUGUGACCAAAACAAUUGAGAAGUUUGAAGAAAGUUUUGGACAAGACAGUGAAAUCGAUGUGUAUGAAAACAUUGCUGAACAGGACCCUAUACCAGCUGCCAAAGAUGCGGAUGAUGUUGGAGACGAAGGUGAUGUCGACGCUGAAGAAUCAAAUGAAAUCACUGAAGAGGGUGCAUCAUAUGAGACGGUUACUCCAGAUGGCACCGACGAGGAUGUGGCAACUGAACCAAGCGAGAUUGUUCUUGAACAGCCAUUGCAAGAAUUUGAAACUGAAGCUCCCAGUCAAGUCUUCCAAACUUUAGAUAACAAUACAGAGACUCCUGAACCUUCUGUGACGACUGAAGAGGACACUGUGGUGUCUGGGGAAACCCAAGAAGAAAUUGAAAUGUCAUCCGAGCCAAGUGAAAUUGUUCUCGGACAAGACCUAGCCGAGUUUGAACAUGAAGCACCGGUCAAAGCUUUGAGCCAGUUUGACGGUGGAGAUAUUCAGGAGAAUGAAAUCACGGAAGAAGUAGACGAACAAGCAGAGAUAUCGCCAGAGCCGUGUGAAAUUGAUUUAGGCCAAGAUGUGACAGAAUUUGAACACGAAGCACCAUCUAAAGCCCUAACGCAGGCAGAAAAGGAAGAAAUCCAAGCAGAGGAUGUUGCAGAUGAGGAAGAACCCGACCACACAUCGGCACCAGAGGAAGAUUCUGCUGUCAGUACAGAGUUCCAGGAGACAGAAUCUGAUGCAGUAGAAAGUUUCCCCACUGAGACAGCGGAGGAGGAUCUGAUGACAAGACCACGUAGUCCUGAGGCUGUCGAUGAUGAGUGGAUCAAACCCAUAAUGGAAGCAAAUGCUGAAGAGUUUGGUGUUGUUGAAGGGCAGACUGUGACCAAAGAAAUUGAGAGUUUUGGCGAAAGCUUUGGACAAGACAGUGAAAUCGAUGUGAAUGAAAACAUUGCUGAACAGGACUUUGUUCCAGCUGCCAAAGAUACUGACGAUGUUGGUGAAGAAACUGACGUCAAAGUUGAAGAAGAAACUGACGUCAAAGUUGAAGAAUUGAAAGAAUCCCCCGAGGAAGGUGUGUCAUAUGAGGUAGUUACUCCAGAAGGUGCUGAGGAGGAUGUGUCCACUGAACCAAGUGAGAUUGUUCUCGAGCAGUCAUUGCAGGACUUUGAAACGGAAGCUCCAAGUCAAGUGUUCCAAAGUUACGAUGAAGAUACCGUGGCUACUGUGGCGGCUGAAGAUGAUAACAUUACGUCUCAGGAAACCCAAAAAGAAGUUGAACUGUCCUUGGAGCCAAGUGAAAUUGUUCUUGUACAGGAUGUAAUGGAGUUUGAACAUGAGGCUCCGUCUAAAGCCCUGACUCAAGUAGAAGGAGAAGAACCCCAGGAAGAGGAAAGUGUUGCUGAGGAAGAACUCGACCAGACAUUGGCACCAGAGGAAGAUUCAGCUGUCAGUACAGAGUUCCAGGAGACAGAAUCUGAUGCAGUAGAAAGUUUCCCUACUGAGACAGAGGAGGAGGAUCUGAUGACAAGACCACGUAGUCCUGAAGCUGUUGAUGAUGAGUGGAUCAAACCCAUAAUUGAAGCAAAUGCUGAAGAGUUUGGUGUUAUGGAAGGGCAAACUGUGACCAAAACAAUUGAGAAGUUUGAAGAAAGUUUUGGACAAGACAGUGAAAUCGAUGUGUAUGAAAACAUUGCUGAACAGGACCCUAUACCAGCUGCCAAAGAUACUGCAAGUGUUGGAGAAUCAACUGAUGUCGAAAAUGAAGAAGACCAGGCAGAGGAAAUCAAUAUUGAGGAAGAGCUUGAUCAGACAUUUUCAUUGGAAGAAGAUUUAGUUCGAAGUACAGAGUUUCAUGAGACAGAAUCUGAUGCCGUCGAAUCUUUCAUAGUGAAUACAGAGGAACAUGAUCUGAUGACAAGAUCAAGAAGCCCGGAGGCUGUUGAUGAUGAGUGGAUUAAGCCCAUAGUGGAAGCGAACGCCUCGGAGUUUGGUGUCGUGGAAGGUCAAACUGUGACUAAGGAGCAGGAGACAUUUGGAAAAAGAUUUGGCCCCGACAGUGAAGUUGAAGUGUAUGACAUCUGGUACUGGCAACAAGAUUUGCAAUCAACUGUGAACACCAUUGCAGAAAAUGUUGAAGACGAAGCUGACCUUGCUGUUGUGGGAACUGACAUGGAGACUACUGAAUCCGGUAUUACCAGCCACGAAACUCUACAGAAUGUCAGUGCAUUGGAAGGGACUGACGAGAGAGUUGCCGUUCCCACAGAGCGGUGCGAAUUUGUAAUGGAGAAAGAAUUAACAGCAUUUGAACACGAAGCACCAUUUAUAGCCUUAGACCAACAGAAUGGGGAGGAAAUCCAGGGACACGAAUACUCAGCUGAGAAUGAAGAUCAUCUGCAAAGUACUCAAGAAAAGGUUCAGGAGGCUGUGCUGGAGACGGACACUGGCUCUGCUGAGACUACUGAAGCAAAGAAACCACCGUCCAUCGUUUCUCAAAUCAGUUACUCAAGCCUCAGAGACUUUGAUGUUCAAGACCUUGGAGAAAGCAUCGAAGAAGCGAUUCUGGAGUCUGACCAUACUUAUUUAUCUCGGUUUGAGUCAAGUCAAGUGCAGAGGACGGUGAGUUCCAGUUGCACAGAAAAGCAUGUGGACAUUUUGGUAAAGUCGAUUAGUCCAACUUCUUUCACAAGUCAGUCUGAGUUCAUAUGCAGUUCAACCGUAUCGCCUGAACCGGAAGGCCAGCUAUUGGCGGAUUUUGAAUCAGAGGAAACGACUGAACAGCAAGAAGUGCAACAGAUAGUGACUGAGGCUGAAGAAGGGACAAUGUCUCUAUACGAGCAAGAAUCUGAGAUUUCUGAGCAAUUUCAGCAGACAGAAUCUGAUGCAGUUGAACAUUUCCCCACUGAGACAGAGGAGGAGGAUCUGAUGACAAGACCACGUAGUCCUGAGGCUGUUGAUGAUGAAUGGAUCAAGCCCAUAAUGAAAGCAAAUGCUGAAGAGUUUGGUGUUGUGGAAGGGCAGACUGUGACUAAAGAAACUGAGAAUAUUGGUGAAAGUUUUGGUCGAGACAAUGAAAUCGACAUGUACGAAAGCACUGCCGAACAAGAACUUAUACUAGCUGCGAACAGUGCUGCUGAUGUAGAAGAAGACACUAAUGUCGCCGAUGAAGAAUCUAAAGAAAUCUCUGAAGAAGGUGCAUCAUAUAAGACAGUCACUCCAGAAGGUGCUGGGGAGGAUGUGUCCACUGAACCAAGUGAGAUUGUUCUUGAACAGUCAUUGCAGGACUUUGAAACCGAAGCUCCAAGUCAAGUCUUUCAAAACUUCGAUGAAAUUACCGAGGCUCCUGAAUCUAUUUCUCCGGCGGAAGAAGAUACCAUGACAUCUCAAGAAACCCAAGAAGCUGAAAUGUCCUCCGAGCCAAGUGAAAUUGUUCUCGAACAAGACAUUGCCGAGUUUGAACAUGAAGCACCUGUCAAAGCGUUGAGUCAAUUUGAUGGAGAAGACAUCCUGGUGAAACAAAUUGUUGGAGAAGCUGAAGUAGUAGACAAAGCAACGACUGAAACAGAGUCCGUUGUAUGUAGAGAAAUAGAUGAGGCUACUGGUGUGUCAGAAGAAACCAAUGAACCAGCAGAGUUGUUGAUAGAGCCAAGUGGAAUUAAUUUAGGACAAGAUGCAACAGAGUUCGAAAAGGAGGCCCCGUCAAUGGCCCUGACUCAAGUUGGAAGGGAAGACACCGAGGAUGAGGAACUUGCUGCCGAGGAAGAACCCGACCAGACACUGACUACAGAAAAAGAUUCAGCUGUCAGUACAGAGUUCCAGGAGACAGAAUCUGAUGCAGUUGAAAGUUUCCCCACUGAGACAAAGGAGGAGGAUCUGAUGACAAGACCACGUAGUCCUGAGGCUGUUGAUGAUGAGUGGAUUAAACCCAUAGUGGAAGCAAAUGCUGAAGAGUUUGGUGUUGUGGAAGGGCAAACUGUGACCAAAACAAUUGAGAGUUUUGAAGAAAGUUUUGGACAAAACAGUGAAAUCGAUGUGUAUGAAACCACCGCCGAACAGGAACCUAUACCAGCUGUCAGUGAUUCUCCUGAUAUAUCGAAAAAAACUGACGUCGACAUUGAAGAAACAAGAAGUAUUCCCGAAGAAGAUGCAUCAUAUGAGACAGUAAUUACAGAUGGCACCGAGGAGGAUGUGUCCACUGAAGUAAGUGAGAUUGUUCUUGAACAAGCAUUGCAGGACUUUGAAACGGAUGCUCCAAGUCAAGUGUUCCAAAAUUUCGAUGAAGAUACUGAGACUUCUGAACCCACUGUGACUGCUCAAGAGGAUACCACGAUGUCUCCCGAGACCCAAGAAGAAGAGGAACUGUCCUUGGAGCCAAGUGAAAUUGUUCUCGGACAAGACCUAGCCGAUUUUGAACAUGAAGCACCUGUCAAAGCGUUGAGUCAGUUUGAUGGAGAAGACAUUCUGGUGAAAGAAAUUGUGGGAGAAGCUGAAGUAGUAAACAAAGCGACGUCAGAGGAAGAGUCCGUUGUAUGUACAGAAUUAGAUGAAGUUACUGCUGUGUCAGAAGAAACCAAUGAACCAGCAGAGGUGUUGACUGAGCCAUGUGAGAUUAAUCUAGGCCAAGAUGUAACAGACUUUGAACAUGAGGCACCGUCAAUAGCCCUGACUCAAGUUGGAAAGGAAGAUAUAGAGGAUGAGGAACUUGCUGCUGAGGAAAAUAUCGACCAGACUUUGGCACCAGAGGAAGAUUCAGCUGUCAGUACAGAGUUCCAGGAGACAGAUUCUGAUGCAGUAGAAAGUUUCCCCACUGAGACAGAGGAGGAGGAUCUGAUGACAAGACCACGUAGUCCUGAGGCUGUCGAUGAUGAGUGGAUCAAACCCAUAUUGGAAGCAAAUGCUGAAGAGUUUGGUGUUGUUGAAGGGCAGACUGUGACAAAAGAAAUGGAGAACUUUGAAGAAAGCUUUGGACAAGACAGUGAAAUCGAUGUCAAUGAAAAUAUUUUUGAACAGGACGUUGUACCAGCUGCCAAAGAUGCAGAUGACGUUGGAGACGAAGGUGAUGUCGACGCUGAAGAAUCAAAAGAAAUUACUGAAGAGGGUGCAUCAUAUGAGACGGUUACUCCAGAUGGCACUGAGGAGGAUGUGACAACCGAACCAAGCGAGAUUAUUCCUGAACAAUCAUUGCAAGAAUUUGAAACUGAAGCUCCUAGCCAAGUCUUCCAAACUUUAGAUAACAAUACAGAGACUCCUGAACCUUCUGUGACGACUGAAGAGGACACUGUGGUGUCUGGGGAAACCCAAGAAGAAAUUGAAAUGUCAUCCGAGCCAAGUGAAAUUGUUCUCGGACAAGACCUAGCCGAGUUUGAACAUGAAGCGCCGGUCAAAGCGUUAAGUCAGUUUGACGGUGAAGAUAUUCAGGAGACUGAAAUCACGGAAGAAGUAGUUGACCAGGCUGAGAUAUCGCCAGAGCCUUGUGAAAUUGAUUUAGGCCAAGAUGUAACAGAAUUUGAACUUGAAGCACCGUCUAAAGCUCUAACUCAGGCAGAAAAGGAAGAAAUUCAAGCAGAGGACAUUGUAGAUGAAGAAGAACCCGACCAGACGUCGGCACCAGAAGAAGAUUCAGCUCUUAGUACAGAGUUCCAGGAGACAGAAUCUGAUGCAGUAGAACGUUUCCCUACUGAGACAGAGGAGGAGGAUCUGAUGACAAGACCACGUAGUCCAGAGGCUGUUGAUGAUGAGUGGAUCAAACCCAUAGUGGAAGCAAAUGCUGAAGAGUUUGGUGUUGUGGAAGGGCAAACUGUGACCAAAACAAUUGAGAGGUUUGAAGCCAGUUUUGGACAAAACAGUGAAAUUGAUGUGUAUGAAUCCACCUCCGAACAGGAACUUAUACCAGCUGUCAGCAAUUCUGCUGAUAUAGAAAAAGAAACUGACAUUGAAGAAACAAGAAGUAUUUCCGAAGAAGGUGCAUCAUAUGAGACAGUAAUUGCAGAUGACACUGAGGAGGAUGUGUCCACUGAACCAAGUGAGAUUGUUCUUGAACAGUCAUUGCAGGACUUUGAAACCGAAGCUCCAAGUCAAGUGUUUCAAAACUUCGACGAAAUUACUGAGGCUCCUGAAUUUAUUUCUCCGACUGAAGAAGAUAUCAUGACAUCUCAAGAAACCCAAGAAGCUGAAAUGUCCUCCGAGCCAAGUGAAAUUGUUCUCGAACAAGACAUUGCCGAGUUUGAACAUGAAGCACCAGUCAAAGCGUUGAGUCAGUUUGAUGGGGAGGAAAUUCAGGAGAAGGAAAUCGUUGGAGAAGUCGAAAAAGAGGCGUCUGAGGAAGAUUCGGAACUUCGGGAUACUACUACUAUGUCGGAGGAAACCGAUGAACAAGCAGAGGUGUCGAUAGAGCCAUGUGAAAUUGAUUUUGGCCAAGACAUUACAGAAUUUGAACAUGAGGCUCAGUCUAUAGCCUUGACUCAGGCAGGCAGUGAUGAAGUUCAAGAGGAGGAAAUUGUUUCCGAGUCAGAACUUAACCAGACAUUGGCACCAGAGGAAGAUUCAGUUGUCAGUACAGUGUUCCAGGAGAUAGAAUCUGAUGCAGUAGAAAGUUUCCACACUGAGACAGAGGAGGAGGAUCUGAUGAUAAGACCACGUAGUCCUGAGGCUGUCGAUGAUGAGUGGAUCAAACCCAUAUUGGAAGCAAAUGCUGAAGAGUUUGGUGUUGUUGAAGGGCAGACUGUGACAAAAGAAAUUGAGAACUUUGAAGAAAGCUUUGGACAAGACAGUGAAAUCGAUGUCAAUGAAAAUAUUUUUGAACAGGACGUUGUACCAGCUGCCAAAGAUGCGGAUGCUGUUGGAGACGAAGGUGAUGUCGACGCUGAAGAAUCAAAUGAAAUUACUGAAGAGGGUGCAUCAUAUGAGACGGUUACUCCAGAUGGCACUGAGGAGGAUGUGACAACUGAACCAAGCGAGAUUAUUCCUGAACAGUCAUUGCAAGAAUUUGAAACUGAAGCUCCUAGCCAAGUCUUCCAAACUUUAGACAACAAUACAGAGACUCCUGAACCUUCUGUGACGACUGAAGAGGACACUGUGGUGGAGGACCUAGCCGAGUUUGAACAUGAAGCGCCGGUCAAAGCGUUAAGUCAGUUUGACGGUGAAGAUAUUCAGGAGACUGAAAUCACGGAAGAAGUAGUUGACCAGGCUGAGAUAUCGCCAGAGCCUUGUGAAAUUGAUUUAGGCCAAGAUGUAACAGAAUUUGAACUUGAAGCACCGUCUAAAGCUCUAACUCAGGCAGAAAAGGAAGAAAUUCAAGCCGAGGACAUUGUAGAUGAAGAAGAACCCGACCAGACGUCGGCACCAGAAGAAGAUUCAGCUCUUAGUACAGAGUUCCAGGAGACAGAAUCUGAUGCAGUAGAAAGUUUCCCUACUGAGACAGAGGAGGAGGAUCUGAUGACAAGACCACGUAGUCCCGAGGCUGUUGAUGAUGAAUGGAUCAAACCCAUAGUGGAAGCAAAUGCUGAAGAGUUUGGUGUUGUGGAGGGGCAGACUGUGACCAAAGAAAUUAAGAAUUUUGAAGAAAGUUUUGGACGAGACAGUGAAAUCGAUGUAUUUGGAAGCACCGCCGUGCAGGAACUUAUACCAGCUGUCAGCACUUCUGCUGGUGUAGAAAAAGAAACUGACGUCGACAAUGAAGAAUCAAAAAGGAUCCCCGAAGAAGAUGCAUCGUAUGAGACAGUAACUCCAGAAGGUACUGAGGAGGAUGUGUCCACUGAACCAAGUGAAAUUAUUCUUGAACAGUCAUUGCAGGACUUUGAAACUGAUGCUCCAAGUCAAGUGUUCCAAACGUUCGAUGUAGAUGCCGAGGCUUCUGAAUCUAGUUCACCGAGGGAAGAAGAUACCUUGACGUCUCAAGAAACUCAAGAAGUUGAAAUGUCCUCUGAGCCAAGUGAAAUUGUUCUCGGACAAGACAUUGCCGAUUUCGAAUAUGAAGCCCCUGUCAAAGCAUUAAGUCAGUUUAAAGGAGAAGAUAUUCAGGUGGAGGAAGAAAUCGUCGGAGAAGUUGAAGAUGUAGAAAAAGUGACAUCAGAAGAAGAGUUCGUUGUCUGUACUGAACGCAGUGAGACUACUGCUGUGUCGGAAGAAACCGAUGAACACGCAGAGAUAUUGACAGAGCCAUGUGAAAUUGAUUUAGGUCAAAAUGUAACAGAGUUUGAACAUGAAGCACAGGAAAUUGUUGCUGAGAAAGAACACGACCAGACAUCAGCGCCAGGGGAAGAUUCAGCUCUCAGUACAGAGUUCCAGGAGACAGAAUCUGAUGCAGUAGAAAGUUUCCACACUGAGACAGAGGAGGAGGAUCUGAUGACAAGACCACGUAGUCCUGAGGCUGUCGAUGAUGAAUGGAUCAAACUCAUAGUGGAAGCAAACGCUGAAGAGCUAUGCAUUGCUGAAGGGCAGAUUAUGACAAAACACAUGAAGACAUUCGAAGAAAGCUUCGAAAGUAACAGUGAAGUGGAUAUGUACAACAGCAUGGCUGCACAGUCAAGUUCAACUUCCAUUGAAGUAUCUGAAGACAUAGUUGAAGACACUGCUUUCUCAGUUGAGAAAUCAGUGACUGUUUCUUUCGAAGAUGAAUCAACUGAGACUGUACCUUCCCGAGAUUCAGUGGAUGAUGUUUCUGCGGAGCAGACUGAGAUCACCCUUGUGCAGUCUUUCGAAGAAUUUGAAACUGAAACUCCAAGUAAAGCUCUUCAGGAAAGUGAUGCUGGGGAAUGUACUACCGAAAUAAAGUCCAUCUCUGAUGAGCUGUGUGGUUCUAGCGAGGAAAGGAAAUCGCCGCUCGUUGUCUCCCAAAUUAGUUACAGCAGUCUUAGGGACUUUGAUGUUCCAGACCUCGGAGAAAGUAUUGAAGAGGCUAUCCUUGAAGGUGACCAGACUUAUUUAUCUCGAUAUGAGUCAAACCAGGUGCAGAGAACAGUGGGUUCCUCUACCACAGAAAAGCAUGUCGACAUUUUAGUGAAGCCCGUUAGUCCAUCUUCGUACACAAGUCAGUCUGAAUUUACAUUCAGUGCAGCACACGUGGUUGAACACAAAAUCUCUAUGUCAGAGAAUCUAUGUUCAGAACAAAACGUGCAAGAAAUCCUUGUCACCGAUUUAGAUGCUGCUGACGUCGAAGAUUUCGAUGCUGAACGCUGUGUAGACACCAUGUCUGAGGCAGCCUUACAAGAAUACCGAGAGCUGGAACCUGAAAAUGGAGCUCCUGGGACAGACACAGAGAAAGUGGAGAACGACAUUAUUAUCACUACAGGGGCUGAUGACAGCAACGCUUCUGAUGUUCAAACCAUGGUUCCUGAUACACCAGACUGGCUGGCAUAUCCUGUUGCAGAUAAUAAGAACUCUUUGUAUGCUGGGCAAGUAGGAUCAAGUUCAUCACUAACGGGCAGCGCUGAAAUUCAAAAACCCAUUAAGGGACUUGACUCACAUGAGCUCGUUCCUGAUUUUGGUGAGCUCGAUUCGGAGCAGGAACGCAAAGAAUCUGUGCAAGAGCCUGAUGAAACACGUUCAGAAAUAUCACCGAACGAGGGAGUUCCCGUGACAGAUUUAGACGCUGAUGAAGUAACUCAGAACGAGGAAAUUCAAGUGAUAGAUUUAGAUACCGAGGAAACAGCACAAAAUGAAGAAAUACCCGUCACAAAUUUGAAAAUUCCAGAAGCAGAAGCAGAUGUGCAGGAAACUUUGACAGAUGACAAAAAUCAAGUUUCUGACUUAGAUUUCCAGGAGAUAGUGGAAAAUGAGGGGGUUCCAGUCACAGAUUUAGACGACUUUGAAAACAAUCAGGCAGAAGAUGUUUUAAUAACAGACCUUGACGCCCCAGAACCAGAUGCUGACAUUGAAAUUUCAACUGUUGGAUAUGCAGUUUCCGCAGACCUCACUCAGGGAGCUGCCUGCACUACUGCUGAUGAUAGUGACGAAAAUAUGGUUGAAAAAGAUGCACAAGACGAUUCAUGCCAAACAUUCACGCAGGUAGCAUCAGAAAGUUUCGAUGAUGGUCAUGGGCUGAUCGUUGAACCUCAUGGUUAUGAUGAUGUUGAGGAAGAAAAAGAAGAAGAAGAAGAAGAAGAAGAAGAAGAAGAAGAAGAAGAAGAAGAAGAAGAAGAAGAAGAAGAAGAAGAAGAAGAAGAAGAAGAAGCUCUUAAACAAGAAGAGGAAGGACACCAAGACAAUAAUGGCCAACUGCAGCAGAGUGAAACAGUCAAUCCUGAAGAAGAGUUUGAAAUCAUAGAACGAGAGCAAAAACAAACAAAAGAGCAAGGGGAAGAAAUGUUGAAAGAAACAUGUGGACAAUUUGGACCCGAGGAAAGCACCCCAGAACAAAUGGUGCUGGAAGAAGUCCAAACUGCUGCCGAACAGGUGCCAGCUUUAUUUUCUCAAGAAAACCAAGAGUUCGAAGAAUUUCCUUCAGACCAACAGGAGCCUCACGUCACUCAGGAGAGUGGGGAGAUUUUGAUUCAGGGUGGUGGGCGUCCUGGGGUGGAGGAUUUGCCUCAGCUUAUCAUCACUGCUGCCUCUGAGACAGAGAGCCUUGACAGUUCCAUGUCUAUGUCUGUUGACACCCCGCUUGAAGAAAAUGUCUUCGCAAAAACUAUUUCUGGUGAAGAAUCUGGUGUAGAUACCACCGCUUCUGAACAAGGAGAAAGAGAAGAAGGAAAAGAAAAAGAAGAACAACAAGACCAGGAAGAACAAGAACAAGAACAAGGACAAGAAGAAGGACAAGGUCAAGAAGACGAAAAAGAAGAAGAACAAGAGCAAGAGGAAAAGGAAGAAAAGGAAGAAGAUGAAGAAGAAGAUGAAGAUGAAGAAGAUGAAGAAGAGGAUGAAGAUGAUGAAGAUGAUGAAGAAGAUGAAGGAGGAGAAGACGAAGUGCCUGUUGUUCAAGAAGACCACCAACAGCAGCAACAGCAUGCGGUACCUCCUGAAGCAAAACCUGCGGUACAACAACAACUCCUCAUCUUAACUGAUUUUCCCACUCCAAAUGAGAGACCCGAACCUUCUCCUUUGGGAUUUGUCGCGCUAGAAGACAUCUUUCUUCCUCGUUGGUUGCGUGCUUCCUCUGAAUGCCUUGAUCAAGUUCAUAUUGAGACGACCGACGUAUUGGCAAGAGCAGCUAGUCCAGAAGCCCUCGACGAUGAGGUCGUGAAAUCUGUUGCCCACGAAAGGACAGACAAUUUCACGAUGGAGAGUGCUGUUCAACAACACACCUUCAUGGCCCAUGGUGAAGACAAUUUCAACAUUUUCGAUACUGGUUCUGAUUUUAUUGAUUACGAGCCAAUAACGACUGACUGGGCUACCCUUACAGAGAGGCUGUCAAGCCCUGAGGCCGCGGACGAUGAGAUCUUACAAACACAAGACAGCAGUAAGAUGGUAUUUAACGAAACUUGUCCUGUACAAAGAAUAGAAAUUACUGCACCAGAUGAGACAGAGGGCAGUUUAGUUGCUGGUUCGCUGGAGUAUUCAGAUAGCACUUCUUCUGCAGCUACAAAAGAGGGAGAGAAAGAAGAAGAAGAAGAAGAAGAAGAAGAAGAAGAAGAAGAAGAAGAAGAAGAAGAAGAAGAAGAAGAAGAAGAAGAAGAAGAAGAAGAAGAAGAAGAAGAAGAAGCAAAGAAAGAACAAAGUCAGGUAGAGGGAGUAGAACAAGAACAAAAACAAGAAGAACAAGUAGAACAAGUAGAACAAGUAGAACAGGAACAGGUGGAACUCCUUGAACAGAAACAAACAGAACAAUCUCAACAAGAGCAAGAAACGCCAGCAGAACAGCCAGAAGAAGUAGGGGUGCGAGAAGAAGAAAAAGAAGAAGAAGAAGAAGAAGAAGAAGAAGAAGAAGAAGAAGAAGAAGAAGAAGAAGAAGAAGAAGAAGAAGAAGAAGAAGAAGAAGAAGAAGAAGAAGAAGAAGAAAAAGAAGAAGAAGAAGAACAUCGAAAAUUAGAACAAUCUCCAGUGAACAACGAACAAGAACAAGUAGAUCAAAAGCAACAAAUACAAAUAGAACAAGAACAAGAACAAGUAAAUCAAGAACAAAAGCAAGAAAAACAAGGAGAACAAGAGGUAGUAGAACAUGAACAAGAAGAAAACGUAGAACAAGAAUUUGUAGCACAAGAAUUGAAAGAGCAAGUAGAACAAGAAGAAGAUGAACAAAUAGAGCAAGAAGAAGGAGAACACGAAGAACAAGAAAAACAAGUCGUACAAGAACAAGAAGAACCAGAGCAAAAAGCAGUGCAGGAACAAGGGGAGCUCUUAGAACAAACACAGACAGAGCGAUUAGAAAAAGAGCAAGAAAUACCAGUUGAACAACUGGAAGGGCAUACUGGAGAAGAAGGAGAAGAAGAAGCAGAAGAAGCAGAAGAAGCAGAAGAAGCAGAAGAAGAAGAAGAAGAAGAAGAAGAAGAAGAAGAAGAAGAAGAAGAAGAAGAAGAAGAAGAAGAAGAAGAAGAAGAAGAAGAAGAAGAAGAAGAACAUCGAAAAUUAGAACAAUCUCCAGUGAACAAUGAACAUGAACAAGUAGAUCAAAAGCAAACAAUACAAGUAGAACAAGACCAAGAACUAACAGAGCAAGAACAAAUAAACCAAGAACAAAAACAAGAAGAACAAGAAGAACAAGAAAAAGUAGAACAAGAGCUAUUAGAACAAGAAAAAGAACAAGAAGAAAACGUAGAGCAAGAACUUGUAGCACAAGAACUGAAAGAGCAAGUAGAGCAAGAAGAAGAUGAACACGUAGAGCAAGAAGAAAGAGAACACGAAGAAAAAGAAAAACAAGUCGAACAAGUACAAGAAGAACGAGUAGUAAGAGAGGAAACAGUAGAGCAGGAACAAGGACAGCUCUUAGAACAAAAACAGACGGGGCAAUUAGAACAAAAGCUAGAAAUGCAAGUAGAACGACUGGAAGAAGAAGAAGAAGAAGAAGAAGAAGAAGAAGAAGAAGAAGAAGAAGAAGAAGAAGAAGAAGAAGAAGAAGAAGAAGAAGAAGAAGAAGAAGAAGAACAGCAUAGAAAAUUACAACAAUCUCCAGAAGAACAACAGCAAGAUGAGUUACUUGAUCAGGCAUCAGAGAAGGGAGAGCAUCAGAGCGAACCAGAAAAAGGAAGUGGGACGCAAUCAAUUGCUGAUCAAUCAGGGACUGAGACUUUGGCAGAAACUUUAGUUGCACAAGAAGUAAAGGAAGACGUUUAUCCUGUUGAUUCUGCUUCUAAUGCUCCAGAGAAAACCGACACACGAAAACGUCUAGCUGACUUAGACUACUCCUCAAGCGAAGUCACUCAAUCGUUUGAAUGGCAUUCUCCACAGUCAGAACAGGAGGAAAUUGUUGAAGGCGAGAACAUCGUUGCUUCUAAACAACUGCAGACACUAGAGUCGGUGAGAGAAGAAGGUCAAGUUGUAUUUGCUUUGGACUUCGACAGCGCGGAAGGUGUUCCUUCUGUGCUUCUGCAAGGAGAUAACGGCCUUAUUGCUAGUUCAGACAGAAACCUAACUGCUCAUCCAGAAAUUAAAGAAGAACCCGAUUAUCAGUCAGGUGUGAGGUUUUCUUUGGGUAGUGAAUCGGAAACCUCUCUCGAAACUGCUCAAGACAACAAUCUCGAAGCAAGACACAAGAAAAGUUCUAGAGACGGUUAUCAUGACAUGCUGGAGGUAUUCGGUAUCACUGAUCCUCCAGGGAGUCCAGGUAGCCCAACUAGCAGGGACCGUCUCCACAGACCCUCAACAUCCUCCAUUGAGUCCUUCGAGUCCACGGACCCAAAUGUCGUCAAGAUGCUGGAAGCUUUUGGCGUGGUUAGUCACCCCACCUGCGCCGAAGAAAUUGAAGUUGAUAUGUCUACGCUUACUGCCGCCCACUUACUGAGCCGACCGGAGAGUCCGUUGUCGGCAUGUGGAGGUUACGCCGGUGAUCGGGACCUUGACGAUGGUCAAAGAUCGUCAAGCGGUCAUCGAGAAUUACAACCAGCUUUCAAGGACAGUUUUCACCACGUCAAUGACGUCGAGUUUGCAAUUAAUCAAGAGGUUGAUGUUGCGUCUGAGGCGUCCCGUUGUGACAGUCCAGAAGCCAUGUACGUGGAUGCUUGGCUGAGUAGUCAACGUUUCAACGUUCAUGGCGAGGUCACUGACGUACAGGUGUCAAGAGCUGACUCUGAAAGCUGUACGACUGCCCAGACAGAGGAUGGUUCCAUGCUUGGCGAUAACACCCGUUUCGAAUUUAGCUAUCGGGAGUCAUCGUCACUAACGCAGACGCAUGGAGAUGCCUCAGAGAGAUCCAGUCAAGUGGGCGAGGCAGUUGUGCAAGAGGACAAUGGCGGGAGAAACGGAGGAGGAGGAGAAGAAGAAGAAAAAGAAGGAGAACAGGCAGAAGAAGAAGAAGAAGAAGAAGAAGAAGAAGAAGAAGAAGAAGAAGAAGAAGAAAAAGAAGAAGAAGAAGAAGAGGAUGAAGAGGAAGAAGAGGAGCCACAGCAUCGAAAAUUACAACAAUCUCCAGAAGAACAACAGCAAGAUGGGUUACUUGAUCAGGCAUUAGAGAAGGGAGGGCAUCAGAGCAAAGCAGAAGAAGAAGAAGAAGAAGAAGAAGAAGAAGAAGAAGAAGAAGAAGAAGAAAAAGAAGAAGAAGAAGAAGAAGAAGAAGAAGAAGAAGAAGAAGAAGAAGGGCAGCAACAACAACGAGAUGAACGUGGCAAAGAAAAUCAAAAAGAAAUUCUGGAAGAAUUAAAAGAGAGACAAGAAGAAAAACAAGAAGAAUGCAUCUCUCAACAGACAGUACAGACUACAGAGUCUGAUGUACUGGUACUGGCCCAAGAUGACGCAGAGAUUUGCGUUGGGACAGAAGUCGUGGAUGUCACGGAAAUAAGGGAACCCUCUGUUGUGACAAAAUCUGAGAGUGACGAGGAAGAGGAAGAAGAAGAAUUUCAAGACACGAGUGAGGUUCCUAUCCUUAUGGCAGCUGAAGAUCAAAGUGAAAGAGAAGAUGAACUAACUAUGGAAAUUUCCACUUCUACUUUAGAUGAACCACUUUCAGUAUCCGAAACAGUAAAAAUGGCAUCUCAAGAUAUUGCCUUGGGUUUUAAUUCAACGUCACUAACGGAAAUCGACAGAAAAGUGGAGAUACUUACCGAAGAAGAUUCCACUGCACUGGAGCAAGAUUCCACUUUAAGUGGCAUUGACCGAAGAGAAAGCCGAUUUUCGGAGACAAGGGAAACCCAUAGAAUUCAAAACAGCAUAUUUAGCACGGGAGUUGUACCGAAUGCUAGUCUCUUCAAGGCCCCAGAACCGUUCAUCUCCAAAGAACGGCUGUCGUCUGAUGAAGACGACGAUGACGAUGAAGAAGAGAGCAGUGCUGAGGAGGAGGAAGAGGAUCUGGAAGCCAGUGAGAAAGACCAAACUGAAAAGCAAAUAACUGAGACCGUCCCCGAAGAAGAAUCACAAACAUUUAAGCGUAAAGAAGAAGAAGAAGAAGAAGAAGAAGAAGAAGAAGAAGAAGAAGAAGAAGAAGAAGAAGAAGAAGAAGAAAAAGAAGAAGAAGAAGAAAACAAAGACGGUGGGGCGCUCAGAAAAGACGAGGAGGGACACCAAGAAGACGUCACUUCCUCGCAAGAGACAGAAGAUACUGUAGCCAUACAAGAUACCCAAGACUCCAGGGAACAACAAGCGACAAGAGACAUCACAGCGUCACUGGAACCAGCAGACAUCACUGAGUUGCGUGAGACGAAGGACGUUUCUGAAGAGCAAGACAUCGAAGGUGUAACGGCGUCACAAGAUGUUAAAGUCAUGACAGAAUCAUCAGAAACUAAAGAAUUCACGCACCUACACGAGAACGAAGAUGUCACUCUGGCUCAAGAGACAGAACAAGUCUCACAGUCAAACGAGUCGGUGAAUGUGUCAGAACAACAAGAAGCAGAAGACGUCAUUCAGUCACAAGAAACAGGAGACGUCAUCCAGUCACAAGAGACAGAAGAGAUUAUGUUCGUACAAGAUGUAAAUGAUGUCCAAACAUCAGAAAGCCAAUUAGACGCCCCAGGACCACAAGAUGCGGAAGAUGUCGUGAAUGCACAAACUUUACAGACAGACAGCCUGACAGAAACACAGACAGACAGUUUGACGGAAAUGCAGACUGACGAGUUGACCGAAUCUGAGACCAGUGUGAUGACUGAAUCACAGACUGAACACUUGACUGAAUCACAGACUGAACACUUGACUGAAUCACAGACUGAAUCACAGACUGAAAUCAUGGCUGAGUCACCGACUGAAAUCGUGACAGAAAAACUGACUCACGAGUUGACCGAAUCUGAAACCAGAGUGAUGACUGACUCACAGACUGAACUCAUGACUGAACCACAGACUGAACUCAUGACUGAAUCACAGACUGAACUCACGACUGAAUCACAGACUGAACUCAUGACUGAAUCUGAACUCAUGACUGAAUCACAGACUGAAAUCAUAACCGAGUUACAGACUGAAAUCGUGACAGAAAAACAAACUGACGAGUUGACCGAAUCACAGACUGAAAUGAUGACAGAAACACAGUCUGACCAACUGACAAAAACACAGCCUGAUGAACUGACCGAAACACAAACUGACGAUUUGGUCGAAACUGAAAUUAGCGUGAUGACUGAAUCACAGUCUGUAAUCAUGACUGAGCCGGAGACUGACAUCAUGGCUGAAUCGCAGACGGAAAUCAUGACUGAAUCACAGACAGAAAUCAUGACUGAAACACAGACAGAAACCAUGACUGAAUCACAGACAGAAAUCAUGACUGAAUCACAGACCGAAAUCAUGACUGAGUCACAGACUGAAGAAAUGAGAGAAAAACAGACUGACCAACUAACGGAAACACAGUCUGAUGAACUGACUGAAACACAAACUGACGAGUUGGUAGAAACUGAAACUAGGGUGAUGACUGAAUCAAUGACUGAAAUCAUGACCGAGUCACAGACUGACGAAAUGACAGAAAAACAGACUGACGAGUUGACGGAAAUACAAACCGACGAACUGAGCUCAGAGCAAACUGACAUGGUCACCGAAACACUGACAAACAUCUUGACAGAAAUAAAGACUGACGUGUUGACCGACGCUCAGCAUGAUGAGUUCACCAGUACACAAACCGAAAUGCAGACUGAGGAAUUGAUACAAACGCAGUUGGAAGGCUAUUCUUCUGACCAGACAGACCUGUUGCUAGAGGUCCAGACUGACGAUCUAACAGAAAGACGAUCUGACAACGACAAAGUAACGGAGCAGCAAAAUAAGUACCUGACAGAAGAACAGGAUAACCAAAUGACAGAGACCUGGGUUGAUCAGGUGACCUGCUUCGAAACAACUCAAUUUGAACAAGUACAAGAAGUCCAUCAGAGUGAACAACGGGACGAACAAAACUAUGAAGAGGUCCAACUGGUACAAGAACAAGAGCAAGUCCAGCAGCUGCAACAAUCUGAGCUAGAACAAGAAGAAGUCCAACAGCAUACACGUCAAGAGGAGCAGGAACGAGAAGUAAAACCAGGGGAAGAAGAUCAAAUUGAAAUCCACCAAGAGCAAAUCCAAAGGCAAAUGCAGCAGCAAGAGGAGCAAGAACAGGAUGAAUCGGAGCUAUCUGAACAACAUCAGCAACAACGGCAAGAAGAGGAUUCUCUCGAUUUGCACAUUGUAGAACCAGGUGACGAUUCAUCUUUGCUGCGACAGGAUGGUGAAAGCGACGACGAGGACACAGACGAGUUCCAGGAGUGUGAAGAGCAUCUCCUAGAUACAGGUGAAAACAACUCAACAGAACGUUGUCAGGAGCUUCAAGCGGAAGACACACCCAGAGCUGAACAGGAAUUCCUUUCAGACGAGCCAGAAAAGCAGGAUCUAUCAGAAGUUUCUGAGCUGCAACAAGAUAAUCUGACAAUCAACGAGUCAUACUAUAGCGAAACAUCACUAUCCGUCCAAGAGUCAAGAUCGUGCCAUCUCGAAACAACUGCUGAGACACCAGAAGCUAGUGAAUUGGUGUCGGAGAUCGUGGAAGAAGUGGAAAGGCAAGACGGAGAGCUGCUCCAAACGGCUGAGUCGGUGUCUGUGACAGAGAGCAGCCAAUCAACUGACGAGGUGCGACAAGAGACUGUACAGCAAGAGGCGAGUGAGCCUGCUGGUGAAAGCCAAAGCGUGGAGGAGCGGCAGCAGAUGGUCAGCGACGCCACAGCGGAAGACUACAGCGCUCAGCUGGCCGAGGUGCACUCCAUGAUGACGUCAUUCUCGCGCCGCGUCAGUUGUGACGUAGAUCACUGCCACAUGGACAUCAUUGGGGCCAUUGACACCCUGGUGGAGAAGAUGGCGCAAGAGCUGCAAGCCGGGACGUUAUCCACGAGCGAGGUCAUGGCAGAAUUGUCCACUCUGACUUCAAGUAACCCUCGGCGCCAGAGCCGAGUGGGCUCCACCGAUACGUCCUCUUUGAGCGCCAGUAGAGAAGUGUCCCCAGCCCCCAACAAUGUGACCACUGGACAGCUGUCGUCCAGCCCUGGUGGGGCUGUGGAGACACAACAAGGACAACGAGACCAGCUGGAACAGGAGAUCUACGACAUCCUGGAUGAGAUUAUGGCCCUCCUUGGUGCAGUCGGCACACAGCAAGAGCAGGCGGAGACACCCAAAAUGAGGCCACUGUCAGAAUCGUUUGAUGAAGUUCCAUUAGAAUUGGAACAAACACCAGAAGAAACUGAAAGGACCAAAAAUGAAGAUGGUACCGAACCAUCUAACAAACGUGAUGAAGAAGCUCCAAAACUAAGACCAUUGUCUGAGUCUUUCGAUGAGGAACAACCAGAAUCUGGAGAAUUCGAACCAACUGAAGAAGGUGAAAACCUCGGGACGACAGACGAUGGGGAGAUGGUAUUGGCUGAGAGUGCAUUGACACCUUCUGCUAUUGAUGAAGUCCAACAAGAUUUGAAAGAGACUGUGUCAGAAGAGGCUGAGAUGGUGAUAAAAGCUGACAGCAGUUUGACUUCCGCCCUCAAGGAAGGUGAUAUUGAAUUGGACGAUCAAGAUUUUGAAGACAGCCAGGUUCUGAUUGAGCAGGCCGUAAGACUUCGGGAUUCUGUUGUAAGUGAAGACUUAAACAAACAAACUGAAGAGUUCGAAAUGGUUCUAGAAAUUAGUAGUGACAAGGCUUUAGACUCACCUGGAACAGAUGGCGAUGACUUUGAUAAAGACACUGAAGACAAUGACCUUUUUAUUGUGGAGGAAGGAAUAGACACCGAAGUCCUGGCUGAUGUUGCGAGGGUCGAAGAGGAUAUUGUGAGCAAGGAAGUCUACGAUAGUAAGGAGGAGUUUGAAAUACUGGAAUCAGAAUCUAAAUUUACUUCAGAAAAUUCUUGGCAAACAAAUCAAGAAGUCACUGUGGACAGUGAAGAUUUUGAAAUGGUGGAAAGUUCUUAUGCCAUAGCAAACCAAAUGGCUUCCAGUUUCUCUUCAGCUCACUAUGUCACAGGCAUGCAAUCAGCUUCAGUUUCUUCAGACACAUCCUUAACUGAGAUAACAAUGUUCAAGUCUUCAAGUACCACCGAAACAUCUACAACAACAUUUGGAACGUCAUCAACAGAUGUGGCCAUUGAAAGAUCUUCAGGUGGAAUUGCUGUUGGCGAAUCUUCAUCAGCAGUCUUUGCGGGCAUGUCUUCAAGUGAGAAGUCUAUACAGAAAUCUGUUGUUGAGAGGCACUUUGAAACUUCUUCAGCCGAGCAGACCAGAUCUCUUUCAGGAGAAGCAAUGAGUGGUACAGAUGAGGGAAAGCUGACACAAACGGAAAUCGACCAUGUUGAGUGUAAGAUUGGAAUUGAAUCACAAACAAUUGACAACGAGCUUCCCCGUCCUCUGGAGCCAUUCUCAGCUAUUGACAAUCUUAUCAAGAAAGAGUAUGCAGAUACCCCAGACUCAAUCACUGGGACCCAUUCAACUCAGUCAAUGAUCUCAUUCAACGCGUACAAGAUAGGUGUAGAUUCAGUAGAUGCACUUGAAGAAACAUGCACAACAACUUCGGAAUCUUCAUCCCAGUCCGCAAUCUCAUUGAGUCAUGGAACAGAGGACUCUGAAACUCCUUUACAAGUGCCAACACUGAAAGUGGAUGGUGUUGACGUGGAGGAAAAAGAAGGAGUUGUCCUUGGUGCCGUUGGGGGCGAGAGCUUUUUCGGAUACAAAGUGUCUGAAGAUGAAAUUGCCCGCAUUCGUACACAAGAAACUCGAACCAUGGUCCAGUCACUCUCCGACAGCAAUGUUUUUAAUCUUCAGCAAUCCCAAAACCUAAUUGGAGCGUCCUCUGAUGAUGAAUUUGACGUCAUGCAGCUUCCCAGCUUAGACAAAUUCGUCUUUGACCAUGACUCGGAUGAGUCUUCAGGAGAGGAGGAAAUGUAUGACAGUGUGGGGCAACAAUCCACAUGGGCUAUUGGUGAGAGAGAGGUGAGGCAAGAAAACAUCAUCGAACGAACCAGCUUUGAGUCAAUGUCUGAACAAGUCUCGAGUGUUCGUCAAAGUAUGCACACCUCUGGCAUCGAUGACUUUGAUCCUGAAAACUCUGUUCUAUUUAGAUUGCAGACGCUCUACUAUGUGGACCAGCAUGGAAAAAGACUGUUUGAUGAUGAGCUUAGUGCUUCCAUUGCCGAGUUAAAUAAAACUCAAGAAAGUGUUGACGUACAAUCAACUGAAAGCGGUAAAGACAAACAGAAAGAGUCUCCAGUUGAAAGAGAACUUCCUGUAGAUGGUGAAAUUCCUGUUGAAGCCGAAAUUUUCAUUGGUGAGCAAGGAGUCUCUGGUGAAGAUAUGUCUGUUGAUAGACAAACACCGGCUGAGGCACAAAUCUGUGCAGAAGAACAAACUCCAUCUAAGACUGAAAUAGGCACUGAUGAACAGAGGUCAAUUAUGGCAGAGUUCUCUGCAAAUGAAGAAACCCAGUCUGUAGCAGAAACUCAUUCUGAUCAAAUGCCAAAUGAGACAGAAAUGCCCACAGCUGAGCAACCAGCUGAGGCAGAAACCUCUACAGAUGAGCAAACUCCAUCUGAGGAAGGAAUCUCUACAAAACAAUCUCCUGUAGAAGAAGAAAUCUUCACUGAGCAAACUCCAUCUGAGGAAGGAAUCUCUACAACACAAUCUCCUGUAGAAGAAGAAAUCUUCACUGAGCAAACUCCAUCUGAGGAAGGAAUCUCUACAGAACAAUCUCCUGUAGAAGAAGAAAUCUUCACUGAGCAAACUCCAUCUGAGGAAGGAAUCUCUACAAAACAAUCUCCUGUAGAAGAAGAAAUCUUCACUGAGCAAACUCCAUCUGAGGAAGGAAUCUCUACAGAACAAUCUUCUGUAGAAGAAGAAAUCUUCACUGAGCAAACCCCAUCUGAGGAAGGAAUCUCUACAGAACAAUCUCUUGUAGAAGAAGAAAUCUUCACUGAGCAAACUCCAUCUGAGGAAGGAAUCUCUACGGACCAAUCUCCUGUAGAAGAAGAAAUCUUCACUGAGCAAACUCCAUCUGAGGAAGGAAUCUCUACGGACCAAUCUCCUGUAGAAGAAGAAAUCUUCACUGAACAAACUCCAGCUGAGGCAGCAAUCUCAACUGAAAGGUCUCCUGUAGAGGAUAAAAUCUCCCCUGAACAAUGUCCAGCUGAGGCUGAGGUACAAAAAUCUACAGAUGAACAAGCUCCAGCUGAGGAAGAGAUCUCUACUGAACAAUCUCCUGUAGAGGAAGAAACCUUUAUUGAACAAAGUCGAGCUGAGGUAGAAAUCUCUACAGAUGAACAAAGUCCAACUGAGGCAGAAAUCUCUAGUGAACAAACUCUUGUAGAGGAAGAAAUCUCCACUGAUCAAAGAUCAGCAGAGGCUGAGGCCGAAAUCUCUAGUGAGCAAACUCCAGCUGAGGCAGAAAUCUCCAGUGAACAAAUUUCAGCUGAGGAAGAAAUCUCCGUUGAACAAUCUCUUGUGGAGGAAGAAAUAUCUAGAGAUGAACAACGUCAAUCUGAGGAAAAAAUCUGUACAGGUGAACAAAUUCCAGACUCAGCAGAAAUAUCUACAGAUGAACAAAGUCCAUCUGAAGAAGGAAUCUCACCUGAACAAACUACAGCUGUGGCAGAACUCUGUACAGAUGAACAAAGUCCAAUUGAGGCAGAAAUCUCUACUGAACAAACUUCAGCUGAGGAAGAGGUCUCUACUGAACAAUCCCCUGUGGAGGAAGAAAUCUCCACAGGACAAAGACCAGCUGAAGCUGAGGUAGAACUCUCUACAGAUGAACAAACUCCAGCUGAGAAAGAGAUCUCUAUUGAACAAUCUUCUGUGGAGGAAGAACUCUCCACCGAAGACAGACCAGCGGAGGCUGAAGUAGAAAUCUCUACAGACGAACAAAGUCCAGUUGAGGGAGUAAUCUCUUGUGAACAAAGUCAAGCUGAGGCAGCAAUCUCAACCGAACAGUCUCCUGUAGAGGAAGAAAUCUCCCCUGAACAAUGUCCGGCUGAAGCUCAGGUAGAAACCUUUACAAAUGAACAAAGUCCAGCUGAGGAAGGAAUCUCCACUGAACAAUCUCUUGUAGAGGAAGAAACCUUCAUUGAACAAAGUCGAGCUGAGGUAGAAAUCUCUACAAAUGAACAAAGUCCAAUUGAGGCAGAAAUCGCCAGUGAACAAACUUUAGCUGUGGCAGAAACCUCUGCAGAUGAACAAACUCCAGCUCAGGCAGAACUCUAUACAAAUGAACAAAGUCCAAUUGAGGCAGAAAUCUCUACUGAACAAUCUCCUGUAGAGGAAGAAAUCUUCACUGAACAAAGACCAGCUGAGGCUGAGGUAGAAAUCUCUACGGAUGAACAAAGUCUAGCUGAGGAAGGAAUCUCCACUGAACAAUCUCCUGUAGAAAAAGAAACCUUCACUGAACAAAGUUCAGUUGAGGUAGAAAUCUCUACAGAUGAACAAAUUCCAACUGGGGCAGAAAUCUCUCCUGAACGUUCCCCGGUUGAGGCUGUUGAACAAAGUCCAACUGGGGUAGAAAUCUCUGUUAAAGAAACUCCUGCUGAAGCAGAAACACCUACGGAUGAACUUACAUCACCAAAAGCGGACAUCUCAGGAGGUGAAAUGGAGCCGGCGCGGACAGAUAUUGUUGAAGAUGAACGAACUGAAGCUGAUCCAGAAAUUGCUGUUGUCGAAGAAAUGACAGUCGGAGCAGAAAUGUCUGUAGACGCAGAGAAAUCAGGAGGUGAGACCGAAAUCUCUUUGGAAGAACGUACACAAACAGAAACUGAAGUCUCUGCAGAUGAACAAAAGCAAUCAGAGACAGAGACGUUCCCGGAUGGGCAAACAUCAACUGACCUGAAAAUCUGGGUACAGGAAGAACCACUAAUUGAAACAGAAAUUUCUGAAGAUCAGCAGUUCUCAGCUGAGACGGAAAUUCCUGUCGACGAACUGAUGCUGACUGGUACAGAAAUUUCUAUGAGUGAGCAAACUCCUGAGGAUACAGAAAUCCUGAUGGAUGAACAAAUGUCUGAAAAGACAAACACUUCUGGAAAUCAGCAAAUGCCAGCCCAAACAGAAGUUUCUGAAGGUGAACAGAUUUCUGCAGAGACAGGAUUGGUUGUAGAUGAACAGACGUCUGCAGAAGCCAACACCUUAUUCAGUGAACGAGUGUCUACAGAGACAGAAUUAGUCAUGGACAGAGCAGAUCUUGAUUCCUCCCUCCACAGUUACACGGAGCAAGAAUGGCAAGAUGCAGUAGAGCCAGAAAUUAGGACAACGGCUGACACUACGAUUGAAACAGAUUCACAAACUGAAAGUGAAAUGGAAACUUCUGCAGAGACUGUUAUUUCAGUAAAACAAACUUCUCUCUCUGAAUAUGGUCUGCAGGAGAGUAGGGAAGAAACUGUCACCAGCGUACUGUCAACUGCCAAUUCCACGGAUGCAGCAAUGGAUGUAAACAUAGAUUUUGUAACUGGAAUGUAUGUUGAAUCUUCAAAUUCUGUUGAAACAGAAGCGAUAACUGCUAGUAGUGAGAUGGCAGUGGUCGAUUCUGCUGUUGAUUUUACGUCUGUUCAGACAGAGACUGGAACUGCUAUUACAACUGAAACUGAAUACGCCAUCGGCAAAUCUGCCGACCCAGAAUCAGAGGUAGCCAUUGAAACAGAGAGUGACGUUGCCAUCAAGUCAGAAACUGAAAAUGUUAUCGAAGAAGAGAUAGAAAGCAUUGGUGAAGCAGGAAUUGUACAUGCAGAGGCUGCCUUGGCUGAAAAAGACAAUGCUUCUACGGUCAAGUUUGGACAAGAAGGUGAAGCUGCUGCUGAAACAGAAACUGAAAGUGCCAUUGAGGCAGAAAAAGAAAUUCUUGUAGAAGCAGACAGUUUAAACAAUGUCCAAACGGACAAUGACCCAGUUACUGAAGCAGAGACAGAAACUGCUAUCGAAGCAGAAACUGGCAGUACUGUGAAGGCAGAAAAUGAUACCGAAAUAAUUCCUGAUGACUCAUCAGCCACACUAGGAUCUGCUGUCUCUACUUUCAUAGACCACGGAUCGAGCACAGAUAUGGCCAUGCCCACCAAUUCCGAGGCAGAGAACACCACAAAUAUGACACCAGACGCUGAGUCUCAUGUUGAGCAGAUUACUGAAACUGAGAUGGGAUCUGAAGCAGAGUUUGACGAAAAGCAUGCGGACGAAGUGGCUGAGAAUAUCGUGAACGAGGUGCUUGAAUUUCAGGAACAGCAGAGUAUGUCUUUCGCAGGACUGCUCGACCAGAGUCUGUCAGCAGCACCAGCUGUUUCAGGACCACUAACAGGUGAUGCAGAAGGAGAUGUGUCGCUUGCUGAAGUUGCUACCUCUUCGUCGGUGCCCUUAGAGAAAGAAGGCUCUGAUCCGCCAGGUGAGGCACCAGAAAGCCCAGCUGGUGAAGAGCUUAAGACUGCUCAAGAUGGGAAGUCUCAGCAAGGCGAAGAUGAUGAUGGUGACGAAGAGUUCGUCAGUGACGACGAUAGAGAACAUGAGUACGAAGACGAGGAGGAUGAUGAGGACGAAGAGGAAGAUGAGGACGAUGAAGAUGACGAUGAGGAAGAUGACGAUGAAGAGGAAGAUGAUGAUGAAGAUGAAGACGAUGAGGAUGAAGAUGAUGAUGAGGAAGACGACGAGGAAGAGGAAGAGGAAGAGGAAGAGGAAGAAGAACAAGAAGACGAGAGAGAAGGUGGGGAGAGACUGGGAAAUGAAGAAUUGGAAGCUUCCAUGUUUCAGGAGCGUUUACGCGAUGAGCUAGCGUCAGCUAUUUCUCAGGAGAUUGUACUCAUGGCAGAGGUGGAAGUUGCUCUCGAAGAUGCCAAGAGCUCCCUUGCUAGUCCGUGCGACGAACAUUCUCGAGUCGUGGAGUUUGAAAGGUAUUCUUCAAAUCAGUUGGAGGUGCCUGGAGCCUUCGGCUCACUCGCUGCUACCCAGAACCUCUCGGGGGCUUCCAUUGAGGAUUCGAAGGAAAACACACAGCAGAAAAUGAUGACAGAAGAAGAAAGUUUUUCACAGGCUCAACUAUCCUCACAGACGUGUGAAAGUGUACAAGAACAGACUGGUGAUGUAGAGAAGAAAAGAAUUCCCUCCCUUUAUGAAAGGUCAAUGUCUGCGUCAUUGUCGAGGACCAUCAGUGAUGAUCCCGGAAAAUGGCACCAGUCCUUCGAAGAAGCUGAAAUGGAGACUGAUCCAUUUUCGGAGGAGAGACUGGACGAAAUUGCUGAGCAGCCCGGAGAGCAACCAGCCGGUGAUUCAUCUGCGCUGUCCAACCAAACAAAUGCGUCUAUGUCUGGCAUAAAAAUAGACAGGCCAAAGACGCUGUCAACAUCUGUUGAGAUAGAAACACUUGGAAAGCCUGGAGAGUCCUCGUCUGCCGUCUCUGAUACUGUGCCCAGUUCAUCGAAGCCAUCAAAGAAAUCCAAAAUGGCCGCUAAAACGGAACCCCGUACGAUCUCCAAGUCCAAACGACGUCGACUUCAGAGAAAGCGUCUGAAGGAGGUAAUCGAGGCCAGCGACAGUCAUAGCCAAGACAUGACAUCUGAUGCCAAAUCAGACACUGACAAAACGAAGUCAGGAAAGAAAAAAGCUGAAAAAGCAAGUGAUGCUGUUGGUAGCAGUGAUGAACCUUCACGCAAGAAGAAGAAAAAGAAGAAGAAGAAGAAAGCAAAAUCUCCUCAAGAUGGAGAAUCAGACACUGAGAAGGUAUCUAGUACAAAGACGUCUGCAAAGAGGGGAUCGGGAACAAUAGAUAGUUCCACGUGUGAUGACCGCCCUGUGGCAGACGAAGAAGGCGGAGCGAAGAAGAAACUGAAGAAAAAGAAGAAGAAAAGCGAGCAAAAGGAUACGACUGACUCGGAAGUAACAAAGUUAACGUCAGUUCAAGAAGUGACGCCCACGGUUCCGAAAGUCCAAGUACAACCUGUCAUUAUUGUUGAACCGGAAGAAGCGGCACAUCAGGCAGAGAAAGACGCACCAAAAGAAAGCAGCAGAAGAGGCCGUGCUACUCAGCGUUAUACAGGAGCUCCUCGGAUGGAGAUUCCACAGAUCUCAACUACCUGCGUGGAAUCAGAAGACGCCAUAGGUGGUAAGGAGGAAGACCACUUAUCUUCAUGUGAAGGAGCUACUGGCGCUCCUGACAAUUCCAGUUUACACCUGUCCUCGCCGCAUCCUACCCGAGCUAGGUCAAGGUCAAAGUCUCCUGGGGGUCACCUCCUGGCAGCAAACGGGGACGGAGCUCGAGCCCGGUCAAAAUCUCCGGGUCCUCCAAACCUUCGUCGUUUGACCGGCCAACCUCUGCGUACGAAAUCGAGGAAAAACAUCGUGGUGGUUCCCAACCCCCAACCCUUCUGAAAUAACGACAUUUGACAAUCGGACACACUCUCCUAAUUAUGUUCCCCUCACUACUGGAUGGAUGUCAAUGAAACACAAGAAAGCUACUGAACAUUUGAUAUAUACAGACGUGCACACUUGCACCCAACACGAGUGUCACUGAGCAACGUAGCAUAAAAUGUUUUAAAAUAUUAAGGGUAGGCACACAGCCCACAGUGAGCAUACACUACUCUUCACGUCUAGAUGCAGGGACAUUACACGUAAUGCAGUCUUACCCAACAAGUUUGACCAGGAUGUGAUUGACCCUUCAACCCAAUGACAAGUGGUCUUCAAGUUGUUAGCCAGUCGCAUUACGCCAAUCAACACCCCCCCCAAAA